GCUUCGUGGUCAACCUCAAGGAUUCUACAAAAUGCCAUCAUAAAUAUAUACAAAUCCAUUUUAAUGGCCAUAAUUUCCAAAGGCUUUUAUAUGGAAAUACUGCAUCGGAUUGAGUCCCGGGCGUCUUGCAGUGGACCUACGAGUUAUAUUUCAUAAAACAAUGCGGUAUAUUUAUGUGUCUUUUACUUGGAAAUCAUUCAGUUUGAAACGUUUCAUUGGUCCGUUCGUGAGCAGCCUGACCACGUGAUCCGUUGUCAUAACAGCGAGUUUCAUUACAGAGCUUCGAGCUAGCUAGCUGGUGUGCUGCCUCAAAACACGUAACUUUAUUUAAGGAUAUACAGUACAGUAUUAGUUUUACCGAGUGAAUUUCAGAUAUUAAAGUCAGAGUUUGGGAAUAAAGUUGAGGUGCAUUCAUCACAGUUUACAGUACAAGUGGAUUGUUUGGACAGCCACAGUCAGUAUGUCGUUGACACGAAUCCAGAGUCUCUGCGUGGCGGCAGUGCUGAACGACUGUUGUAACCAGUUGAACAAACUGAGCUCAGAACUGAGUGCCCACAUGCGUCAGGAGAAAUACAGCACCGCAGAAGCCCAGGAGAAGGCCCGAGUGAUGAAACUGAAAUCCGACUGCGAAUACAUCUCCCAGCAAAUGUCCAACCUGCAGGCACAGCUGAUAGAAGAGCAGGAUUUUAGCUGCCUGCUGCAGGAAGUGGAGGAAACGGACCAAGCCAAGAACACUGAGAACGCCAAGAGAGAAGCCAAGAGAGAGCUGGCGAGUAAAACACAAACCUUACACAGACAACAGCAGGAGUUGAGGCAGAAAACUGAGAAUCUGAAGGAGAUGUGUAAGUGCGCCAAAAGACUCAGCAAACAAGUGGAUAUUCAAGCAUUGAAGAUGGAGAAGAGGAAGAAGCUGGAGGAGAAACUCCAAGAGCAGCAGCUGAAGAGGACGCAGUUUGAGACGAAUAAAGCUGAAAGUGACCUUGAAAAGAAGCGUGAGCUGCUGAAGGACCAGUUGCAGCAGCAGGCUGAAGUUCAUGAAGCAAAGAAGAAAUAUCUGCAUUAUCGACAUGAGGAGCUUCAGCAGCUGCAGCUGGACUGGCAGCAGAGGACGGACAUGAUGCUGCAUGAGGUGGAGCACCAACUCAACGAAGUGAACUGCAAACGGGCCAUCACACUGGACAAGCUGGCGGAGCUAAAGAGGACGUUCAGGGAGAUGGAAGAGGUGGUGCUGGAAGACAGAAAGGAGCAGGAGAAGCUGCGCCGCCAGCAGGAAGAGAACAUGGCUGCCACCAAGAUCCAGGCAUGGUGGAGAGGUGUCAUGUCCCGCAGAGGCUUGGGCAAAAAGGCAGACAAAAAGAAGGGCAAGAAAAAGGGAGAAGGGAAGAAGAAGAAGAAAUAGACACACUCCUUGAUAUGUGAAGAUCAGACGUGUGAAUUCCACUGCUGCAUGUGGCUUUUCUCCCUGCAUAUGUGUGAGACGCACAAACAAAGAAUGGCACAUGACACAUGAGUUGGAUUGAUUUGUAUUUUAAAAUGUUGGACAAUAAUUCAAGCAUGACAAUGCAAACACAUAUGUUAAAACAUCCAUCCAUUCUUCCUUCCUCUUGAAUUGUUUUUUUGAAAGAUAUUUUAAUACAUGCUAUAGAAGUGCUUAACAUCCUCAGUAAAUGCUGAUGAUCAGUGAAAUCUUUUCUGUUAGUUUCGAAAACUGGAGACAAACUACGCAACAAGACCAACAACAAAUCAGAAUCAACCUUGUCGUCUUAACACCUGACCUCUGAAUGGACAAGGAGACAACUUACAUAUUAAAAACAUAUACGUAUACAAAACAUAUUCAGGCGUCUGUAGCUUGACACUGGAUGUUUGUGUCCAACUUACAAGUCAAACAUGUACAACACAUGAGCAAUAAACCAAAGGGGGGAUGCAGUCACCCUUGGUCUGUAUAGUUUGAACCACACAUUUGACACCCACAGUUAAGAAGCACACGGGCGCAAGGACUUGUUUCCAUGCUUGGAAUGACACUCUUGUUUCCUACGUUAGCCUGACUCAGAGCCAGUUCUCAUCAGAUGCUGCUUCACAUUUCACUCACCCCUCAGUGUCAGACACUGCAGUGCAGUGAUGAACCACAGCCAUGACAUAAAACAGAAAACAAGAGAGGAUGCACUACUGUUGGAACUUUGGUGCUACAGGUGCACCCUGUAGCAACAUGACUUAACAUGCCUUAGAGACAUUUAUAACACUUGAGCCCAGACAUACUGUGCAUACACUGACGCAGUAUUGAGCUAAUAUAAAACCAUGUUUCUUUAUAAUAUAUGCAUAUAUUAUGAUUAUUAUUAUUAUUAUUAAUUGUAUUUAGUUUAACAUAAACACAUAUUUCAAACCGUCACACUCACAAUUCACCGCAUACUGGAGGUGAGGCUCAUGACUAAACACUAGCAAUGUUUAUAUAUGCAAUAUAUAAUAUAAUAUAUAUAUAUGUAUGUUUAUACAUGUUUAUAUAUACAAUACAUUGCCGAAAAAAAACCCCCAUAUAUAUAUAUAUAUUUUCC